CAAGCUGUUCCGGGCCGCUCUCGGACGCUGCAUGGGGAAUCGGCCUUGGCAGGCUCCCUCCUCGCUGCCCGGGGCGUCGGCGGCGGGCGAGGGGACCGCGGGGCGGAGGCGGCUCAGCGGCGGCGCUUGGCCGGGCAGGGAGAAGCGCCAGAGGCCGCUCAUGGAGGCGGAGGAAGAGGAGGAAGAGACGGCAGCCCUGCAGGAGCCCAGCCGGCAAAAUUCGUCACCAAAUGAAAUGGACGAAGAGCAGCCUUGCAUUUCCCACUUGAAAGACGAAGUCAGGAAACGUCAGAAUUCCAAUCAAGGUUCCCGUGGGAGCAAUUCUUCCAGGGCGUCUAGGAAAAGCUUCCGGUUGGAUUACCGACUGGAGGAAGAUGUAACGAAGUCCGAGAAAGAUAAAGAUGGCAGAUUCAUGAAUCCUUGGCCAACUUGGAAAUCAGUAACUUUCCGAAAUGUCUUGAAGUGGAUUUUCACGGAAAAAGACAACAGCCAAGUCCCAUGUUCCAAACAGAUCCUUGACACAAACCUCCCAGUGUUGACACCUUAUUUUGUCCAAAACCCUGAAUUGUUUGGAAAGACCGGAGAUGGUAUACGCGUAACUUGGCUUGGACAUGCCUCGGUGUUGGUAGAAAUGGAUGACGUCACGUUUAUUACCGACCCCAUCUUCAGCCAGCGGGCUUCCCCAGUGCAGUGUCUGGGCCCUAAGCGUUUCCGAGGUCCCCCGUGCACCGUCAGCGAACUGCCCAAAAUAGACGCGGUAUUGAUCAGCCACAACCAUUACGACCACCUGGAUUAUCCCACCGUCGUGAGUUUAAACGCCCGUUUUGGCAGCGAGUUGAGGUGGUUUGUGCCGCUGGGCCUUUUAGACUGGAUGCGGAAAUACGGCUGCGAGAACGUCAUCGAGCUGGACUGGUGGGGAGAAAACUGCAUUCCUGGUCACGACGCCGUCACCUUUGUUUUCACUCCUGCUCAGCAUUGGUGCAAACGGACCCCCAUGGACGACAACAAAGUUCUUUGGGGAAGCUGGUCGGUUGUGGGUCCCCGGAACCGGUUCUUUUUCGCUGGAGAUACCGGCUAUUGCGUUGCCUUUGAGGAAAUAGGGAAACGGUUUGGACCGUUUGAUCUUGCAGCCAUUCCCAUCGGAGCCUACGAACCAAGACCCUGAAGAAGCAGUGAGAAUCCACAUUGAUGUACGAGCCAAGAAGUCCAUCGGGAUUCAUUGGGGAACUUUUGCUUUAGCCAACGAGUACUAUUUAGACCCACCUGUCAAACUGAAGGAAGCGCUUGAGAGAUACGGCUUGCAAACGGAAGAUUUCUUUGUUUUGAACCAGGGAGAAUCCCGAGAUUUAAAGAUUAACGAUGACGGAAUUGAAUAG